GACUAGUUGCUAUCUUAAUCCAAUAUAUUCACAAUAUAUUUUUUUGGUCUUUCUAUGGCUUUAUUGUUCGGGCAGCUUAGAGAGAGAUGACAGUAAACAGGAUGACAGAGUGGUGUUGACACGCAGCAACUUUAACCAUCGAGGACAAAACAUCCCUACAUGGGACGCCCGCUCUACCAACUGAGCUAAUGGAAGCCCCCAUAAUGCAUUUCUGACCAGUGGCAAUGAGGCAAUAUCUACAAUCUGCUACAAUCAGCCGUAGGUCAAUCCCCCCUCCCAACCAUCGAGGAAAGUUUGAAGGACAAUGUGGCAAAACAAAGAGAUGGAAGACAUGGACACAUCAGACACCCCGUGGUGCUGGUAUUACCUGGCAGACUGUGGAAGGUGGCACCGAUUUGAGGACGACCCAGACAACCCGCUUAGCAGUCAGGAUAUUGAAAACUACUAUCAAAGGAACUCAAAAGCAGUUUUAAAUACAUCAACAGCAAACUGUCAAGGCAACGUAGAUUUCUCAGCAAUGUUACAGACUGACCUCAAGACAGGAAGGCAAAGACGAAUCCAGCGGAGCUUCAACAUCAACAGAGGCUGUUGCUGCUUCACUGCUGCUCCAGUCUUCUGGGAAAAGGUUGAUCCCAUCCAUCCAUACCAGUUAAUCCCUCUGCAUGAACUCACCCCUGAAUAUCACUGUGUGGCGAGUUACGUGAAGAAGGACGGGCUGCUGGACAAACCCAUCGUAUCCAUCAGCAGGAUACAGAAUUUGGACCUGUGGGAAAUCUAUUGCAGGAAAAAGUUACAGCUCAUGAGAAUUCAUGGCAUCAGGGAAAUUGAGGAGAGGAGACUCUUUCAUGGGACUGCAAACCAAAAUGUCGACAGCAUUUGCAAGUUUAACUUUGAUUUACGGAUAGCUGGACAACAUGCCCACGUGUACGGCAAAGGAAUAUAUUUUGCGAGACACGCCACGUACGCAGACAAUUACAGCCGAGGCAGUAAGGAUCCGUUGCAUCUGUAUGGCGGAGAAACACGAGGGGUAAACGGCGAAUACACCAAAAUAAUAUUUCUGGCGCGGGUGAUAGUCGGAAAAUCAGUCCUGGGAGAGAAGGAUUACCAAAAACCUGAUCAUGGAAAGAAAGAAAACACUCACUACAGCUGUGUGGACAAUGUCAAGCAUCCCAAGAUUUUUGUUAUUUUUGAUCCAAAUCAAAUAUAUCCAGAGUAUCUGAUCCAGUACAAAUGAAGUCCAAAGAGGAUACUGAGCAAAACCAACAUAUUUAUUUAUAUUUUUCUACAGUAGCAGAACUCAUUUUGACAAAACUUUUAGUACAUUUUUAAAAGAGGACCUAAAAUCUGCACUUGCGUGAAUGUUUACAUCCGUUUCUAUUUGCGAAACAAAGAAAUCUUACAAAUGAUGCUAGUUUCGGUUGAGUGCUGUUUAUAAAAUGCAUUCUUACAUGUCAACCGCUGUCCCAUUCAGAAUUUAUGAACACAUUUCACCGAUUUCUCUUUGAAGAGCUUUGGAAAUAAAUUUCGUUGCAGAACAAAA